AUGUGCGUCAUUAGUGUGCGCUUAGAAUUGCUUUGAAAAGGGGUUCAGAAGAAUAAAUUCCAAAAGAAUGUUUAUGCCAAGAGCUCUCAAAGUAAAGAGACCUAUAGAUACCACAGGCCAAGUUUUAAAGAAGAAAAUAAAGGUGUUCCAGGAGGAUCGAAGCAAAGAAAGAAGUCCAGAGAUAAAUGUUCCACAGGAGGAACCACAUGAAGACACCAAAACAGAUCAGGAGACUGUUCAAGCCAAUGCAGAUGCUGCAGCUUUGAAGGAGAUAGCAGACAGCCAGUUGUCUUCUUUAGAUGAUAUUGAGGAGGAAGAUGAGGAACCUGUGAAAUCAUUCAAAAAAAGCCAGAGGUGGCCAGAGCCUGGGGAGCCUGUCUGUGUGAUGUGUGGUCGCUACGGAGAGUACAUCUGUGACAGUACCGACAAUGAUGUCUGCAGUCUGGAAUGCAAAGCGAAACACUUGAUCCUGUUGGGGUUUGGGACUGGAGCGGAUGUGUUUACUAACAAGAACUCAGAUGUGGAUAAAAGCACCCCUGAACCUCAACAACCACCUGCUGAUAGCAGCAUAGCAGAUGAACAUGAAAAGGAGUACUCCUACAGUGAAGAUCCAUUCAUAUCAGAUCUCACAGAGGAGCAGGUGACACGGAUUAGACAGGAGCUCGGCAUUGAAAUCCAGGGGAGGGAUGUCAGUCGACCCAUCAUUGAGUUUGAACAUUGUGGCUUUCCUGCCUUGCUGUAUGGCAACCUAAAGAAGGCUGGCUACCAGACACCCACACCAGUCCAGAUGCAGAUGGUGCCUGUCGGCCUCUGUGGCAGGGAUUUGAUUGCCAGUGCUGACACAGGAUCAGGGAAGACCAUGGCCUUCCUGCUGCCAGUGGUGGUGAAAGCGAUGCAGAAACCUGCAGACGGUGUGCAAAGCCCUGCGUCUCUCAUCCUGACUCCCACCAGGGAGCUGGCCAUUCAGAUCGAGAAACAGGCCAAGGAGCUGGUGAUGGGCCUCGCCAACAUGAGAACCGCCCUGCUGGUGGGCGGCAUGCCUCUUCCCCCACAGCUCCACCGCCUCAAACGCAGCAUCAAAAUUAUUAUAGCUACUCCUGGGAGACUCCUUGAGAUCUUGAAGCAGAAAGCAGUACAGCUGGACAAAGUGAAGGUUGUGGUGGUUGAUGAGGUCGACACAAUGUUGAAAAUGGGUUUCCAGCAGCAGGUACUGGAGGUUCUGGAGCACAUCCCCGAAGUGCAUCAGACUCUGCUUACAUCAGCCACCAUCCCAACUGGGACAGAGGAGCUGGCUGCCAGAUUGGUACAUGAGCCUGUUCGCAUUGCCAUUGGAGCGAGGAAUCAGCCGUGUGCCAAUGUCAGGCAGAUUUUGUUGUGGGUUGAAGAGCCCUCCAAGAAGAAGAAGCUAUUUGAGAUUCUCAAUGAUGAUAAAUUGUACCAGCCUCCAGUAGUUGUGUUUGUGGACUGUAAAGCAGGAGCUGAUCUGCUGUGUGAAGCGGUCGCCAAGGUGACAGGCCUCAAUACUGUGGCAAUCCACUCUGACAAAUCUCAGUGGGAACGCAACCGCAUCCUCAGGGGUCUUCUGGAGGGAGACUUUGAAGUGGUGAUCAGUACAGGAGUUCUAGGCAGAGGACUGGACCUGGUCAACGUCAGACUGGUGGUAAACUUUGACAUGCCAAACAGUAUGGAUGAGUAUGUCCAUCAGGUGGGCAGAGCAGGUCGACUGGGUCACAAGGGAACAGCCAUUACUUUUCUCAACAACAAUAACAAACGGCUCUUCCUGGAUGUGGUGAACCGGGUCAAACCCACAGGGACCAUCUUGCCCCCUCAGCUGCUCAACUCACCCCACCUCCACGAGCAGCAGAGGAGGGAAAGGCAGAAGGCAAAGGCAGGACCUGAGGACAUGCUGGUCACCAAGAACAACCUCAUAGACAUCAUAAGGAAACAUGACCGGCGUAAGAAAUAGCACGUUCUGUGUUCCACUGACUGUGCCUGCAUCUCUUACAUGUAUUGCACCAAAUAUUUAUUUUGUAUUUUGUUUAGUAUUAAAAAAAUGUACAUGUGAUGUA